GGCCCCGCCCGCCCCGGCAUGAGGGGAGCGGGCCCGGGCCCGGCGGGCGGGGGCCGGACCGGGCCGGGCCGAGCCGAGCCGAGCCGGGUCACGGGACGGGCGGGCACGGCCCGGCGGGGGCGGGGCGGCAGCGGCUCCGCCCCUUCCGGCCGGCGGGACCGGGGCCGCUGCCGGCCGCUGCCGGUCUCGGUGCCCCUUCAGGGCCGGCUGCGGCUCCUCCCCCGGUGCCCUCCGGGUCCGGCCCCGCCGCGCGCGGAGGGCAGGCCCCGGUCCCGCGGGUUGCUGUGCCGGGCCGUGCUGUGCCGGGCCGUGCCGUGCCGUGCUGCCAGCGAUGAUUCCCCGCUGACAGGCUGAGCGCCGACUGCAGCUGGGGAUGGCUCCGCUGUCACCUGUGCUGGGCCCCGGUAGGCGCCGGGCCCUGGGGCCAGCAGCUCCCCGCUGCCCUCCGUAGCUCCACGGCAGCCAUGGAGCAGCCCGCCCGUGUGCCCGGGCCGCGCCGGCUGCUGGGCUGCUUCAGGCGGAGGCCGCACGCCCUCGGGGGGCAGACACCGCCGGAGCCGCAGCCGGAGCCGCCCGAGGAGACCCGCGUGGUGCUGGCCCUGGGCGAGGGCCCGGCGCUGGAGGAGUGUCCCCUGUGCCUGCUGCCGCAGCCGCCCGAAGCCUUCCCCAGGCUGGCGUGCUGCUCGCACCGCUCCUGCCGGGCCUGCCUGCAGCAGUACCUGUGCCUGGCCGUGCGCGAGAGCCGCGUGCCCGUGUCCUGCCCGCACUGCCCCGCCGCGCUGCAGCCCCACGACGUGCACCGCCUCCUCCCCGAGCCCGCCCUCCGCGACAAGUACGAGGAGUUCCUGCUGCGCCGGCUGCUGGUGGCUGACCCCGGCACCCGCUGGUGCCCCGCGCCUGACUGCAGCUACGCUGUCUUUGCCCACGGCUGUGCUGAGUGUCCCCGCCUCACCUGUGGGCGUGAGGGCUGUGGCACCGAGUUCUGCUACCACUGCCGGCAGCCCUGGCACCCUGACGGCCCCUGUGCACCCGUGCCACCGACCCCCAGCCUGGCCACCCCCACAGCACAGCCUGAGGAGAUGGCCCACGCUGAGGCCGAGGACAUCAAGGUCUGUCCUCGCUGCAGCGCCUUCAUCAUGAAGAUCAACGAUGGGAGCUGCAACCGCAUGAACUGCACGGUCUGUGGCUGCCUCUUCUGUUGGCUCUGCCUGCAGGAGAUCUCUGACGUGCACUUCCUGAGCCCCUCUGGCUGCACCUUCUGGGGGAAGAGGCCGUGGUCACGGACCCGGAGGAUCCUGUGGCAGCUGGGCAUGGUGCUGGGAGCACCCAUGGUCAUCUCCCUUGUGGCGGGUGUUGCUGUCCCUGUCAUCACCAUUGGGAUCCCCAUCUACAUGGGUAGGAAGGUGCUGGGCCAGAGCCGGCGAAGCAGCCUGUCCGGGUGCCAGCAGUGCCUCUCUGUCACCAGCAGCGUCCUCCUGUCGCUCGUUGUGUCCCCGAUCAUAACAGCUCUCACUGUGGGUGUUGGCGUGCCCCUGGUGCUCACCUAUGUGUACGGGACCGUGGUGUUGUCGCUGUGCCGCAGCCGCUGGGGCUGCAGGGGCGGCCGCGCGCCCGGGGACCUCGGCGUGGUGGAGCUGGACAACCUGGCCAAGCUGAAUGAGCUGUGGUCGGUGCUGCCCAGCCCCAGAGCGGGCGAGGACGGAGCUCCAGACCCCGCUGCCUCCCUGCCCAGCAGCAGCCGCAGCGCGCGCCCAGGGCCGCUGUGGCCAGAAGGGGACAGCCAGUCAGCCAGCACAGUGGCCCUGGCAGGGAGCAUGCUGAGCGAGGGCCAGGACGCCUCUGACAGGCCAGUGUCUGUCUGCAGGGAAGGUGUGACCAUCGAGGUGGAGGUGUCGGUGGAAGCAGUGCCACGUUCUGCCCGGCAGCAGAGCCUCAGCAGUGCCCUGUCUGGGCAAAGCCUCUCUGGGGACUCCCUGGGAGGCACCAGUGACAAGGGCAGCUCUGUGGGUGUCCCUGUGGAGUGAUGGGGGCCCGAGGGGGAGAGUCAUGAUCCACACACAGGCCCUGUGCCCUCCUGUGGCAGAGCCAGUCCCCCUCUGCCAGCACACCCAGCCCUGGGAGCUGGGUCCUGGGUGGGUGCCAGCUGCACCCAGCACUGCUGCAGCCUGCACUAGCCCUGCCUGCCCCUUUCCCAGAGGCACCACUAGGAAAUAAAGCUGCUUUCUGAGGGUC